AUGCCUGCAUCCCGUGAAGACUCUGUCUAUCUUGCCAAGUUAGCUGAACAAGCUGAAAGAUAUGAAGAAAUGGUGGAAAACAUGAAGGCCGUUGCUUCCUCAGGUCAAGAAUUGUCUGUUGAAGAACGUAACUUACUUUCAGUCGCUUACAAGAACGUGAUUGGAGCUAGAAGAGCCUCAUGGAGAAUUGUUUCUUCUAUCGAACAGAAGGAAGAAUCUAAGGGUAAUGAAUCGCAAGUUACUUUAAUUAGAGAAUACCGUUCUAAGAUUGAACAAGAAUUAUCCAAAAUCUGUGAAGAUAUCUUGUCAGUUUUGACCGACCACUUGAUUUCCUCUGCUCAAACCGGUGAAUCCAAGGUUUUCUACUAUAAGAUGAAGGGUGAUUACCACCGUUAUUUAGCUGAAUUUGCCAUCUCUGGAAAGAGAAAGGAAGCUGCUGACUUAUCAUUAGACGCUUACAAGGCUGCAUCAGAUGUUGCUGUGACAGAAUUACCACCUACCCACCCAAUUAGAUUAGGUUUGGCCUUAAACUUCUCCGUUUUCUACUACGAAAUCUUGAACUCUCCAGACAGAGCUUGUCACUUAGCUAAGCAAGCUUUUGACGAUGCCGUUGCUGAUUUAGAAACCUUAAGUGAAGACUCUUACAAAGAUUCCACAUUAAUUAUGCAAUUAUUACGUGACAACUUGACCUUAUGGACUGAUUUAUCCGAAGCUCCAAACCAAGCUGAAGAACCAGCUAGUGAAACAAGAGCUGAAGAAGAGUAA